AGAAAGUCUCCUCCCCUCCCCGCUCUCUUUUCUAUUUCUCCCAAGGAAGAAGUCAGAAGCUCAGACACCCAUUUCCUGCUGCUCCGUCGAAGAUUCCGCGGCGUCUCUCCCGCUGCUCCGUCGUCUUCUUGCACUAUUCGUACUUUCUUCCGGCGGCGACUGCGGACUGAAGGUAUACCUUUACCUGGCUAGGUUUUCUUUGUUUCCGUGCUCGAUCGAAUACGGAGCUGUCUCCGGAACCGAGCGGCCGGUGCGGAGGCUCUCCAGUCCAGAGCAGAGACUGAGAUGGUUUCUCCGCCAUUCCUUCUUGGACGGAACUUGUAGAAUUGAACGUCUUCUAUGGUGUAAAGAUUUACUUCUGUUAGAAAUUCGAUGAGUACGUUUCUUGCUCUGCUUCUAUUAAACGUACGUGUUCAUUGAUCGCGUAUCGCGUUGGUAAUAUCCUGCAAGAAGCCUAAAGACUCUUUCACGCUACGAUUAGGUUCAUAGCUCUUUCCUGUUUGGGGCUGGUCCUGAGAAGAAAUGUCCCACGCGUUUGGUUACAAAGAAUGGAGACUAGUGAUUUCUCUGUAAUUCCUUGAAGUUUGGGGAGCCUAAAAUGGCUGUGCAAGGAUACGACAUUAAUCAAUUACUACAAGAAGCUCAAUCACGCUGGUUGAAGCCCGUGGAAGUGCACUUCAUACUACAGAAUUCGGACAAGUACCAGUUUACCCAAGAGCCACCUACGAAGCCGUCUGGUGGAUCACUGUUUCUUUUCAAUAAGAGGGUAACUCGGUUCUUUCGUAAGGAUGGUCAUAGCUGGCGAAAGAAAAGAGAUGGAAGAACUGUUGGUGAAGCACAUGAAAGACUUAAGGUUGGAAAUGUUGAAACUUUGAAUUGCUAUUAUGCGCAUGGAGAAGAGAACCCAAAUUUUCAGAGGCGCAGCUACUGGAUGCUAGACCCGGCUUGUGACCAUAUUGUUCUUGUACACUAUAGAGAGAUCAAUGAGGGAAGAACAGGUUCUGGAUCUGUUGCUCAAUUAUCUCCAGGAGCCUCCUACCAUCUUGGUCAAAGCUCAAGUUAUACUACUAAUAAUCAAGGAUCUACCUCCAUAAUCAGUAAUUCAGGUGAAGCAUGUACAAAUUCAGCUAGUCCUGGGUCCAUCGAAGUUACUUCUGAGGUAGUUGUCAAGGGAAGUGAUGGGUUUAAUACAUCUGGGUUUACAAAUGCAAACAAUGAGGUCGAUCAAUUUUUCCGAAGGCUGGAGGAGCAGCUAAGCUUGAACGAGGACUUAAUCUCAGACCUCGUUCCAUUUAAUAGCGGUGAAGUAGCUGGUAAUCAGUCAGAAGUCCUGGAAUUUGGAACUGAAACCGACAAGCAUGAUCAGUCUGAUGUUGCUGUUGGCAGACCAGAAUCUUUCCAAGCUUAUCAUGAUCACAAUGCAGGGAUGGAAAGGAAGUCAAACAAUCAGCUGUUUCAGAACCCAGAUGGUAGUUUUGCAGAUUGUUCAUCGUAUGUGCUUGACCGUGCUAGUGGAACGCAAGAAUCACCACAAUGGAAUGAAGUUCUUGGAUCCUGCACACCUCCAACACAUAUUGACUACAAGGAAAACUUGGCAUCUGGCUUAAAGAGGGAGCCUGCUGAAGAAUAUCAACCUUCAGAUUGGCUAAGUUUUGGCGGAAAUAAUUCUGAAAAAUCUUCUGUUUUGCUUCCUGAAGUUGGAAAAUUUGAAGUUCUUGGAUACUCUGGUCUGGAAAGUCAACCAGUCAAUUUUGACUACCCAAUGCUCUACAGUCAUGAUCAAGCAGACUCCCAGUUGACCCUUGGUCAACAUCAGAAAUUUACAAUCCGGGAAAUUUGUCCAGAGUGGGGUUAUUGCUACGAGGCUACAAAGGUUUUGAUAGUCGGUUCUUUUCUCUCUGACCCCUCUGAAUCGGCAUGGGCCUGCAUGUUUGGCGACACUGAAGUCCCUAUAAGGAUUAUUCAAGAAGGUGUUAUACUGUGUGAGACCCCUUCUCUAGAUGCAGGAAAAGUCUCGGUCUGUAUCACAUCUGGCAAUCGAGAAUCUUGUAGUGAGAUCCGAGACUUUGAGUUUCGAAAGAAGCCUGGUCUUGGUUGUAUUCAUUGUGCUCUAUCCCCAUUGGAAUCCAAGAAUCCAGAAGAACUGUUGUUACUCAUCAGAUUUGCACAGUCACUUCUGUCCGAGUCCUCUUCUCAGAAACUUAGCAGCGAAGAAACUUCUGCACUUAAUCAACCUGGAGCAUCAAUUACGGAUGACGACUCAUGGACUCAGGUAAUCGAGGCUCUUUUAGUUGGUAGUGAAACUUCAUCAGUCACUGUCGAUUGGCUUCUGCAACAACUUCUCAAGGAUAAGCUGCUUCAUUGGCUUUCCUCCAAGUACAAUGGGUCGUCAGAUGAUCAACCUGCUGGUCAAUAUCUGUCCAAGAAAGAGCAAGGGAUUAUACACAUGGUUGCUGGGUUGGGCUUUGAGUGGGCCUUGAGCCCCAUUCUUAGUCGUGGAGUCAGUGUAGAUUUCAGGGAUAUCAAUGGCUGGACUGCUCUUCAUUGGGCUGCUCGCUUUGGGAGGGAGAAAAUGGUUGCAGCCCUAAUAGCUUCCGGAGCUUCAGCUGGAGCUGUGACAGAUCCUACUUCACAAGAUCCGAUUGGAAAGACCCCAGCUUCCAUAGCUGCCAUCAAUGGCCAUGAUGGACUUGCUGGCUAUCUCUCUGAGCUGGCACUGACAAGCCAUCUCUCCUCACUCACGUUAGAGGAGAGUGAGUUAUCCAAAGGAUCGGCUGAGGUUCAAGCGGAGAGAACCAUGGAUAGUAUUGUGAAAGAGAGCUUUCCUGCUUCUGAAGAUCAGGUCUCGAUGAAGAAUAGUUUGGCUGCUGUUCGGAAUUCAGCACAGGCUGCUGCCCGGAUACAAUCUGCUUUCCGUGCACAUUCUUUCAGGAGGCGGCAGCAGAGGGAAGCUCUAGCUGCUGCAGACGAGUAUGGCAUUUUAUAUGGUGACAUCCAGGGGCUUUCGGCGCUGUCAAAGAUGGCUUUUGGCAACCCACGUGAUUAUAAUUCCGCUGCUUUGUCUAUCCAGAAGAAGUAUCGUGGUUGGAGGGGUCGACAAGACUUCCUUACCCUGCGGCAGAAAAUCGUGAAAAUACAGGCAUAUGUGAGAGGUUAUCAGGUGAGGAAGCACUACAGGGUAAUCUGUUGGGCAGUUGGGAUUAUUGAUAAAGUUGUGCUGAGGUGGCGGCGAAAGGGAGCUGGGUUGCGUGGGUUAAGGAACGAAACGGACCCCAUUGUUGAGGACGAAGAAGAAGAAGAAGAUGAAGAAGACAUCCUCAAGAUGUUUCGUAAACAGAAGGUUGAUGGAACUAUCGAUGAGGCAGUGUCACGGGUUCUGUCGAUGGUCAAGUCUCCAGAGGCACGUCAGCAGUAUCAAAGGAUGCUCGAGCGUUACAAACAAGCAAAGGCUGAACUUGCUGCCAGCAGCGAAGCAGGAACUUCAAAUCAGGCCAGUGCGUCGACAAUGGAAAGUGAAACUCAGCACCAUUUCCAGUAGAAGUAGAGCCCCAUUCUGGCAAUUCAUGUCUACUUCCUAGCUUUGGUGGUGCGGGGGCAUCGAAUACAGGUUUGUUUGAGAUAGGCGACUGGAGGGUAGCUGCUCUUUGAGGCUUCAACGUUGGUGUAAAUGGCAUUCUUUGAUAUUGUGAAUGCUUCUUUUCUGAUGUACUUGAAUGGGCAAGUGCUGCUGUGUAAGGACUUGUGCUUGCUGUUUGUAAAUGGUUGUGUAGUGCUUUUCCAUUUCCUUUUCUAGUAACCCGAAACAGAUUUAACAUUUGUGAAAUGGACCAAAUGAUUUACCAUCUG